AUGGCUCCUCCGCCGCCCAUAGUCAUAGAUGCUCAAGCCAUCUCAGGAAUUACAGGCUCCAUAUCCAUAGCAUGUUGGAUCAUCGUUUUUGCUCCCCAAAUUUACGAAAAUUUUCGUAGGAAGUCAUCGGAAGGUCUUUCCAUGAUGUUCAUCAUCCUAUGGUUGGCUGGAGAUAUUUUUAACGUACUUGGAGCUGUGCUUCAAGGCGUACUUCCCACAAUGAUCAUUCUUGCUAUCUAUUACACUUUAGCGGACAUUGUUUUAUGGGUUCAGUGCAUUAUGUACGGUGAUGGUAAGUCGAACCCCGAUUACGUGCAUUUAUCGCCCGCUAACCCCAUAAAUGACGAUGUUCUUGAAACUGUCUUGUCAGGUGAUAGAGCCCAAGAUAUUGAGGAAACUGAUAUUCAGUCCACGAGCGAAACGGAUCACAUUUCUUCUUUCCUGAACGUGAGUCCUCGCAUGGCUGCCUUCUUCAAGUUUUUGAUGGUCUUGCUUGUCUUUAUGGCUGGCCUUGCUGGCUGGUACAUUUCUUACGCCAAUACUUCACGCAAGCAUAAGACCCCUGUUGAUCUUGUGUUCGAUCCGUUGGCUCAGUUCUUCGGUUGGCUUUGUGCUGUCUUCUACCUUGGUUCACGUAUACCUCAGAUUUUGCUCAAUUAUGAGCGUAAGUCAUGCGAAGGAAUUUCGUUCAUGUUUUUCUUAUUCGCAUGCUUGGGGAAUUUGACCUAUGUCAUUUCCAUUCUUGCUAUAGAUACUUCGUGGAAUUAUGUGUGGGUCAAUCUGUCAUGGUUGGCUGGUUCUCUUGGAACGUUGGCUCUCGACUUCACUAUAUUUAUUCAAUUUUUCCUUUACAACGAAAGCAAGGAUUAUGACGAAGCAAGCACCGUGUCGAAGAACACUAAUUCUGGUGGAUCAGAGGCACUUUUAGGGAAUAGCCGUGAGCAGUACGGUGCAGUAUGA